AGAAGACUGCUGAAGUCUUACAGGCUUAUGCUGGACUUCUAUGGCAUAAAGCUGCUGGAUGAGAAUAAAGGUAAAGUGGGACAUGCAGAAAACUGGAGAGAGCGAUUUGAGAACCUAAACAGAAACACACAGCACAACCUCGGGCUCACCCGCAUUCUGAAGUGUCUGGGCAUCCUGGGAUUUGAGCACUACCAGGCUCCUCUGGUCCACUUCUUCCACACGGAGACUCUGGUGGUGAACAGAGGACUUCCCAGAGUGAAGCGGAGUGUUCUAGACUACUUUAUGUGCUCUGUUCUGAACACGUCAGAGAGAAAACAACUGAUCAGAUUCACCUUCAAGAUGUUUGAGCCAAAGUAUGAAUUUGUGUGGUGUCUUAAAAGGAUUCAAAUGCGUUUUUGAAGGAAGUCAAAACCAGAAAAGCAGAGACC